UCCAGCUGGACGUUAUCGAUCCCAUCCAUCAUCCAGCUCCGUUACCAGCUAUUUGAGACUUGCAAGCAGCUCUAGUUGAGUCAUACGAGAAGCUAAGAUGGCUGGCGGUGCGGGAGAGAGGGGGGACGGCGGCGCAUCAUCAAGCCGGCCGAAAGAGCCUCCCGUGCGGCUGGAAGAUGUGUCGCUCAACACGUAUGUGCUCGCACAGACGUACCUCUUGAGGGCCGUGACGGGCUUAGGCUACCUGGCGCUCACGUGGUCAACGGUAGUUCUCCUCGGAGGCUUCGUCACGUCACUGCUAAAAACGGAUUUCUGGUGCAUCACCGUCAUUAGCAUGAUACAGGCAGCCAGGAUCUUCGACGACUUGGCCGAGAAACGGUAUGUCAAAUCUGUGUUGGACGCAAUGGAACCGCUUUUCCGCAAGAUAAGUGCUCAAGUGAAUAAUGCGGCCACCAAGGACCAUGCCUCGGAGCGUCGCGAGAAGAGUAUCACCAUCUUGUACUGCGCCCGUGCCAUCGUCUUCGUUCUGCUGGGAGUCACAAUUUUCUUUCCAUGCUGGGUGGCAGUAGGGCUGCCUUUCAUUGCCGCCGGGCUCGUCUACGACCUGGGGCCCCUCGCCUGCACAGGGAUCCCACUAUGGCGCCUACUGAAGCGCGACUACCUCAGCGCAUCAGGUGGAGACGACGACGGAAACUUGGUGCCGGCACUGGUCAUCUUCUACUCUCUGGUUCUCUGCCAGGGUGUGUUCUACUGUGUGUGGUUUCUCUGUACCUCCGGCCGUAUCAAGGAAUGGCAAGUCGAUUCACUCAAUCGACGGUGCAAGCUGACGGACAAGUUGUGGGGCAAAGCGUCCACCGAGGCCUACUUCUCCGACACCAAAGCGAAAUGCUGGAAGGACCCAGGGUCCAUAAACGGCGGCGGGAAGCUCAUCCACUACGCCGUCGACCAACUGGGCGCCGAGUCAUGGCGGGAGAACCGGUCGGGGGCCAGGAUACUCGACGCGUUCGCCAGGCAGGGUGUUGACCUCAGGUCGCUGCUGCUCCCCUCCAGGCCCAAGAUCCAGAAGCUCAUCGACAUGCUGGGAUGGAGGCGUGGCCCGCCUGAGAUCAGGGAGCUGGCCGCGCGCAUCGUCGCGGACGUCGCCGGCGACAUCCAUCUCGCCCAGUUCCCCGGGGCGAUCCGCUGCAUAUCCUCCCUGCUCCAAAACGAAACAACAACCCAGCCCAUACAUUGGCGCGACACCAACCGUCCUCAACGCAGCAAGGUGCCAAACCAAAUCCAAGUCUACAUGAGAGUAGUGGAGAAGCGGCUGACACAACUAGGCCAGCAGGUCGGUAAGGUGGCCGAACAGAAGGAACCUGAUGGCUCUGAUCGCAAUGACAGCGGCUGCAGUGCUGAGAUGAUCCUGCAAGGCCUGACGAUCCUCGAGAGGCUUGCCUCCAACCACCACAACUGCAGCGACAUCUGCAACGCCCCAGGCCUUCUCUCGAAGAUCACCGCGCCACUUUACUCUGGCACCUUGAUCCAAGAUAUGGAUAUCAGUGGUACGUGGCCCGGCUUGGUCAGCAGAUCAUUCAGAGUCCUGCACUGA